AUGGGCAAGAAGACUGCUCGCUCGUCGGCCAAGGUUGGCACGGCCGCAUCACCCGCCUCAGGUCUCUCGUCUGCUGGCAGCAAAUCCUCCAUUCUGCGAGCCGCUUUCUCGCCAUCGGAAUAUCAGUUGGCUCUGUUCGCAUCUGUCAUCCAGGGCUUGGAUGCGCAGCACCUCCGGAUCCACGACAUCAACACCGGCCGGCUUCAGUGUGAGCAUGCGUUGGGACCGAAGGAGACCGUCACCUCGCUGGACUGGGGAUACUACGGGGGCCAGGGCAAGAACCGCGAUGCGUCGAAGAAGAAGCGCAAGCGCGGAUCCGAUGUCAACGGAUUAGACCAGGGGGAUAUCGUGGUGGCAUUCGGUACCAGUACCUCGGAUAUCCGAAUGUUCUCACCUUCAGAGGAUAAGGUCGUCGGCAUCCUUACCGGCGCGCACGACAAGGGCAUCAAGGAUUUCAAGUUCUCGGCCGGAGCUCCCGCCCAGGAGGCUUGGAGUAUUGGUGGUGACAACAAGCUGAUCCAGUGGGAUCUGCGCACUGGGCAAAGCGUAAGAACAAUUCACUUGCCCUCUCCUUCGACUUUCUCUGCUAUCUCUCGCCCCGUCCCCUCCAGCACGCCUGUCAUCUGCGCCUCGCAGACCCCGUUCUUAAUAAACGUGGAGAACCCCGAAGAGCCGCCGGUCCAAUUCCCCGCCAUGCGCAACCAAAUUCACACAGUCGUCUCAUCCGCCGGCGCUUUCCUCGCUUCUGACGGCGAGCGAUUCAUUAACGUUUUCGAUACGUCUAGCCAAAAGCUUGUUCGAAACCUUGUCGCUGACCAGGACGUGUCUUCUGUCUCUUUGUAUGACGCUACCGACUCCGCUGCUGAGAAGCAGAUUCUCGCCGCCGUCACCGAAGACGGAACCAUCGAGUUUUUCACAAAGCCGUUUGCCCAGCUAAGCGCACCGACUGCCAGUGCCAAGGCCAAUCGGAAACAGAUGACGCAGAAGGCCAAUGCCUCUCUGAAGAUCACCCGUGGCGAUUCCUCAAGUGCCUCCGUACCCGUUGUAUCAACUUCUUUCUACGGACCCGAGAUCGUCGUGGCCUACGCCGAGGGUGGUGUGAUCCCUGUCUUUGAGCGUGUCAAGUUCAUCGACGAGACUACCGAGGAACUCUUGUUUACCGGUCCCAAAGCCGUCGCAAAGACUAAGUCCAGCUCCGUCAUCACAUCCAUCACCACGAACAGAGCCAAGGACGCGAGCGAGAGCCGCGUCGACGAGACCCAUACAGCCGUCGAGGAUGGGAACAUUGUCGACAAUGAUAUCGAGAUGAACGACGAUGCCGGCUCCGAGUCUGGUAGCGAUGUGGACUCUGAUGUCGAGGACGCUGCCAAGCCUACCGAGAAGAAGAGUAAGUCCGCCAAGCAAACCGCCGCCGAUGAGGACGUCGAGAUGGACAGCGUCGCUUCCGACAAUGACGACGAGGAAGAUGAGCAAGAGGAGGACGCCGGUGCCGAACCCUCCUUCGGCGAGCUGCUGCGCGCCAACGCCGGCCAGGAAGUCGAUGUGGAGGCCGAGCUAGAGGACGAUGUGCUGAUGGGCGCGCUGGUGCCGGGCAAGCCGACAGCCGCGGUGCAACAGAUCCCGACGGGCGUGUCGCUGGCGACGGUGCUGACGCAAUCCCUGAAGACGAACGACAUGAACAUGCUGGAAUCCUGCUUCCACACGAACGACACCUCAAUCAUUCGCACGACCAUCCAGCGUCUCGACUCGUCGCUGGCCGCGACCCUGCUCCAGAAACUGGCCGAGCGGUUGUCCGCCCGGCCGGGCCGUUAUGGCCACCUGCUCAUCUGGGUGCAAUGGACGUGUGUCGCGCACGGUGGCGCGUUGGCCGGUCAGCCUGAGCUCCUGAAGCGUAUGGCCACGCUGUACAAGGUCAUGGACCAGCGGUCGUCAAGCUUGCCGUCGCUGCUUCUGCUCAAGGGCAAGCUGGACAUGCUGGACGCGCAGCUGGGCCUGCGGCAGGCGCUGCACGGUGGCAACGAGGGGCUGGACAGCGAGGACGAGGACAACGUCAUCUACGUGGAGGGCCAGGAUGAGGAUAGCGACAGCGAGAUAGAGGCGAAGCCGCGGCCCAAGUCGAUCCGCGAGGCGGCGUUCGACGAGGAUGAGUCCAUGAUGAAUGGCAUUGCGGAUGAGUCGGAGGAUGAGGAGGAUGACGGUAGCGAGGACGACGACGAGGACGAAGAUGAGGACCUGCUGGAUAUCGAGGCGGAGGAGUCGGCGGGCUCGUCGGACGCGGAGGAGUCGCUUGAGGAGAACGAGGACGACGAGGAUGAUGAUGAAAGCGAUGGAUCGAUGGUCGAUUUCAUUGCUGACACCGAGGACGACGAGUCCGAUGAAGCGAUUGAGCAGCCGCCGCCGACCAAGAAGGCCAAGACUGGGAAAAAGAAGGCCGGCAAGAAAUGA